AAAGGCCCCCACCCGCUGCCACCCUGAGUCCCACUGUUGUGUGACUGUGAAGAGGGAGCACCCUUCGCUUCACAGUAGACCAAUCGGGCCGACAGGGUUUGUGCAGCAGCUGCAGGAGACGCCGGAUACUUUGCCCGCGGAGCGAUGGGUAACACCACUGGAAGCACCGUGGACGACCUGCAGGCCGUGGAGAUGCACCUCUGGUACAAGAAGUUCAUGACCGAGUGCCCCUCAGGUCAGCUCACCCUGCACGAGUUCAAGCAGUUCUUCGGGCUGCGCGGGUUGGACCAGGAGGCCAACGACUACAUCGAGCAGAUGUUCCGCACAUUUGAUAUGAACAAGGACGGCUACAUAGACUUCCUGGAGUACGUGGCAGCUCUGAGUCUGGUGAUGCGAGGAAAGAUGGAGCACAAGCUGCGCUGGUACUUCAAACUUUAUGAUGUGGACGGAAACGGCUGCAUCGACAGACACGAGCUCCUCAACAUCAUAAAGGCCAUUCGUGCCAUCAAUGGAAUUGAAAAUCAGGAUCUAUCCGCUGAGGAUUUCACCAACAGUGUGUUUGACAGGAUUGAUAUAAACGGAGACGGCGAACUCUCCUUGGAUGAGUUUGUGGCCGGCGCUCGCACUGACAACGACUUCAUGGAGGUGAUGAUGAAGAGUCUGGACCUCACUCACAUCGUGGCCAUGAUCCACAGCAGGCGGCACAGCGUGUAGCAUCCACCCGCUCCGACGACCUCAACCUCAACUGGGAUGUGACCCAAGAGCUUCAGUGCGCCUCUUGUUAAAAAAAUCAUUUACAGACUGAGAUUUCUAUUAAGAUUAAAUCCAGUUUAAUAUGAUGCUGGUGUAACACUAACAUUUCCAUUAAUGUCAAGAAAAUAAAGAGAUACACAUGCACUUUAAAUGCAUCUGGAUGACUCAGUCAACCUUUGCGGACAAGUCAUUGUCCUUGAGUAACGAUGGCGUGUUCUCCCGAGGCCACGCUGGCGUCAGAGUCGACCUCUGACACGGCCCACUUACCCUCAGAUACCCACCAGGGAUAAGAGAGGGAGAUAGUAGAGGACAGCAGCAAGUACAUGCUCUCAGCUGUGAUUUCAAAUCUAUUCUUCUAUCAGUAUUUUCUGGGUCCGGGUCCCUCUAAAUAAAUAAAUGUACCUUAUAUUUAAAAAAAAAAUAGACGCUGCAAAAAGCAAACUGCUGACCUGUGGUUUUAUGUCUUGUCCAUUUCUCUGGCUGAAUGAUUUGCUUCCUGGUCAGCAUAAACACAGAUUCAGUUAUAGAUUAGCUUUCUGUUUGUUGGCUCUACUCGACUGAAGCCUUUUGUUAAACGACUGCAGACUUUUUUCAAAUUCUGAUUAUUUGUACAAUAAAGACAAAUACUUAACAUAA